AUGUGUAUUCGCACGCGUUCACGCCGUGCAGCGACGAUGCCUGAUACCGUAUUGAAGGCGACGGAUGUGGCCAAACGCAGCUUCAUACCUGACACUGAUGCGCUUACUUCUCUAAAAUCAGCGAAGCUGCCAAAGCUACAGGCCAAAUCCGAGUCCUGUGCACGCAAGCCUCGCUGUGCAAGUCGUGCGUCACAACGCAGAACCGAGCAUUCCGUCAUUGAGCGACGGCGCCGAGAGAAAAUCAACGAUCAACUGAUAUGCCUACAAUGCAUUGUACCUGCUUGCCGCGAACAAGCAUGCGCAUGUGUGCAAAAACGUGCCAAAUCAACGACAUCACCCCUGUUUGUUGGCGAUGACGACAACGUAGACGGGUAUAUUAGCACACAUGUUGUGCUCGAGAAGCUGUGCAUCAUUUCUCACGCACUUGAUUAUGUGAUGGAGCUGCGUGCCAAGCUCCAAGUGUACGAAAGACAGGGUCAUGAUCAUGCCGCUCGGCGCGGAACAGGUUCACUUGACACAAUCGCGCAAGAUUCUGACAUGCCUGCAUAUGAUGAUAAGAACCAGCUGAGCCCAGGCUAUAAGAAUGAAACAUUGCACCAUCACACAAGCAAACUCGCACAGAUUGACUCAUUCACACCAAAGCCGACAGCCGCCUUGGAUCAUCCGUUACAUCUUGAUCACGAUCGUCUAGGUGACGGACAUUUGCUUCGCCACGCAAACCACCACCUUCUUCUUCAUAAUUGUCCUACACCCUAUGUGCACGUUCAUGAUCAUGUUACUCACGGUGCUCAAAUCGUAAACGUGCUUAGCGCUCUUGACCAGGACCCGUCACCAAAGUCCCCACAACAUCACUAUCAUCAUUUUCAUCACCACCACAAGCCGGGCUGUCGUGCCUGGCAGCAGCCAUGGAUCCCGUGGCAUGUGCGUGCUUCGCACAUUCAAACAUGUCGCGAUGCACCUGUGCAUGCAGCUGCGGCGCAAGAUUCGCUUGCGUCAUCUCAGCAUCGCACCUUCCCAAACGCAUGGCCGCUGCGAUACGAACAUCAUUCAUGGGACCGAGGUCCAAGCUAUCUCGACACACUUUGCAGGCCCAAGCGGGAUCCAGUCCAGCAUGCAUCCAUUCAUCACCAUCAGUCGACCUAG